AUGAAACUCGAACUGAAACCUCAAGAAAACUCUUUAGGAAAUAAAUUAUCAAAAUAUAUGAGCGUCAAACAAGCAGUUCAUCACUGGCAACUAGCAGUCCCAGUUUGCACUCAAAAAAGAAGCGUUGAACAAGCAGUUCAUCACUGGCAACUAGCAGUCCCAGCUUGCACUAGAAAAGGAACGUCGAACAAGCAGUUCAUCACUGACAACUAG